CUUGUAAAACUAGUAUAACAGGAAAAUACAACCUUAAUCUUGUCGCAGAAUUCAUAUUAAAGAAAGGGUUUAGGAUAAAAUAUGAAGAUACUGAUUCUUUGUAUCUCACUUGUCCAGAUAGGUAUUAUGAGAAAUGCGAUGAAAUCUUUUUUAAAAAAGAACUUUCUAAAGAAGCUAAAAAGAAGUACUUUAGGAUUAAGCAUGAAGAUGUAGUAAAAUUUAAGCUGAAAAAACUUUUCAUGAAAGAAAUAGAAACUGUAAAGCAAGAUAAAUCCCAACUUCUCAAAUUCAUUGGAGAGAAGAUUAUGAGGGAGACUAUAGAUAUAAAUAAUAUGCGCUCAAUUCACAAAAUUGUUGAAGAUACUUUUAGAGAACUUUCAACACAAAAUGAAUUAAAUAAUAAUGAAGAAGCCGAUGAUGACAUUUUUGAACUAGAGAUUCCUGAAUUAGAAGAUGCAGGAGAAUGGGAAGAUAAUGAUGAUAGUGGUUAA